CCAGCCUCAGCGCUUCGCAGUUUCCUCUCCUUGUUUUGCUUUCGAUCUGGACUGUUCUCAGGCAAGCCGGGGAGUAACUUUUAGUUUUGUUCCUGCGAUUAUUCAACUGACGGGCUUUCAUUUCCAUUUCACACAUCCUAGCAACACUUAAGCCUUGCGGAAUUGUAUUGAUAGCGUGAAAAAGCACACUGAGAGAAGGGCACCAUGCCGGUGGAGAGGAUGCGCAUGCGCCCGUGGCUGGAAGAACAGAUCAACUCAAACACGAUACCAGGGCUAAAGUGGCUUAACAAGGAAAAGAAGAUUUUUCAGAUCCCCUGGAUGCAUGCAGCUAGACACGGGUGGGAUGUGGAAAAAGAUGCACCGCUCUUUAGAAACUGGGCCAUCCAUACAGGAAAGCAUCAACCAGGAGUAGAUAAACCUGAUCCAAAAACAUGGAAGGCGAAUUUUCGAUGUGCCAUGAACUCUUUGCCUGACAUUGAAGAAGUCAAGGAUAAAAGCAUAAAGAAAGGAAACAAUGCCUUCAGAGUCUACCGAAUGUUGCCUUUAUCUGAACGACCUUCUAAGAAAGGAAAGAAACCAAAGACAGAAAAAGAAGACAGAGUGAAGCACAUCAAGCAAGAACCAGUUGAGUCAUCUUUGGGGCUUAGUAAUGGAGUAAGUGAUCUUUCUCCUGAGUAUGCGGCCCUGACUUCAGCUAUAAAAAAUGAAGUGGAUAGUACGGUGAACAUCAUAGUCGUAGGACAGUCACAUCUGGGGAGCAACAUUGAGGAUCAAGAGAUUGUCACUAAUCCACCAGACAUCUGCCAAGUUGUGGAAGUGACCACCGAGAGUGAUGAGCAGCCGGUCAGCAUGAGCGAGCUCUACCCCCUGCAGAUCUCCCCCGUGUCUUCCUACGCAGAAAGCGAAACUACCGAUAGUGUGCCCAGUGAUGAAGAGAGCUCGGAGGGCCGACCACACUGGCGGAAGAGGAACAUUGAAGGCAAACAGUACCUCAGCAACAUGGGGACCCGAAGCACGUACCUGCUACCCAGCAUGGCGACCUUCGUCACUUCCAACAAGCCCGACCUCCAGGUCACCAUCAAAGAGGAGAGCUGUCCCGUGCCUUACAACAGCUCCUGGCCCCCGUUCCCAGACCUCCCCCUCGCCCCCUCCGUGACCCCAGCGCCCAGCAGCAGCCGGCCAGACCGGGAGACCCGGGCCAGCGUCAUCAAGAAGACCUCCGACAUCACCCAGGCCCGCGUCAAGAGCUGUUAAGCCUUCGACUUCCCCUGGUGGUUGUUGGGAUUUCUUGGCUUUGUUUUAUUGUUUGUUUGUAUUAUAUUUUUCUUUCUGACACCUAUUUUAGACGAAUCUUAAGGGAAAAAGCCUUGACAAUAGAACUUUGAUUGCUGUGUCCAACUCCAGUACUGGAGCUUCUUUUUAACUCAGGACUCCAGCCCCUUGGUAGACGCAUAUCUCUAGAGCCUGCUGGAUCUCCCAGGGCUGCUCCCUCAAGUUCAAGGACGUCAUAGGACCAACACCCACACGGGCGGUGAGGUGCUGCAUUGCCUGCGGUCAAGGCCAGCAAGGUGGAACGGAUGCCUCUGAAUGGAGGAGAAAAUGUGAACUAGCUGGAAUUUUUUAUUCUUGUGAAUAUGUACAUAGGGCAGUACUAGCGACGUUGCAGUCUGCUUCUGCACCUUAUCUUAAAGCACUUACAGAUAGACCUUCUCGUGAUCCUGCUCUGUUUCAUAGCACAGUCAGCACCUCUCUUCCCUGCUCCCCUCCCCUCCCAGCCCCUCCCUUCCCAUCGCCUCUCCCUUUGCAUCCCCUCCC